UCGCUUGUUGCAAAAAGGGGACAGCCCUAAGCGGCAUGGGAGGAACCGGCUCAAAUCCCCGCGAAGCAACAGCCGCCCCAUCAUUUUAUUUAGAGCAAGGACAAUUGCGAGCUGCCUCCCGGGGCUCGGGUAGGGACGCGGACGGUGUCCCUCAAAUGCAAGCGAGGCGCGCACACGACAACCCCGCAGCACAGACGCCGCCUCUGAGGCGCUGCUCCCGCCAGCUCCCCGCGUGGCUCUCCCCUCGGCCUCGCGCCUGCUUCGCCAACGGCCUGUCGCGAACCUCCCUGCCGCGAGGCCGCGCCUGGGCUUGAAGUGGUUCCGGGUCGGGAGAAGCCGCCAACAUGGAGCGUAGGGGGCCCGCGGGGCCUCCGGGAAGCCGGUGAAGGAAGGCAAGGGGCAGCCCGAGGGGGGGGGGGGACGGGACCCUGCUGCUCGCCUGGUUCUGAGGCCGCGAGAGGGGCGCGCGCGUGCGCACUGCCGGAGCCCCGUGGAAUCCGCGGCAGCGUCUGAGGCCACAGCAGGAAGCUGCUGCUGCUGCUGCUGCUGCCCACCGUCUCUCCCUCGCAGCAGCGGGGCCGCGGCUGGCGCUCGAGCCCUGCGGCAGGGAAGCCUCGGCGCCCCUUUCCUCAGCCCCAGGGCAGGCAGCAGCCAUGUCUCUGGGCGAGUACGAGCGGCACUGCGACUCCAUCAACUCCGACUUCGACAACGAGUCUUCCGGCAGGAGCGGCCCCCGGCCUGGCCCUGUCCUAGGCGGCGAGCAAGAGGAGCUGCAUUAUGCCCCCAUCCGCGUCCUGGGCCGGGGUGCCUUCGGAGAGGCCACCUUGUACCGCCGGACCGAGGAUGACUCACUUGUAGUGUGGAAGGAAGUGGAUCUUACAAGACUGUCAGAAAAAGAACGCCGUGAUGCUUUGAAUGAGAUUGUUAUCCUUGCACUUUUGCAACAUGACAACAUCAUUGCCUAUUACAAUCACUUCAUGGAUAACACUACACUUCUGAUUGAACUGGAAUACUGUAAUGGGGGAAAUCUCUAUGAUAAGAUCCUGCGGCAGAAGGACAAGUUGUUUGAGGAAGAGAUGGUAGUGUGGUACCUAUUUCAGAUUGCAUCAGCAGUGAGCUGCAUCCACAGGGAAGGAAUCCUUCACAGAGAUAUAAAGACACUGAAUAUCUUCCUCACUAAAGCAAAUCUUAUAAAACUGGGUGACUAUGGUUUGGCGAAAAAGCUGAACUCUGAAUAUUCGAUGGCUGAAACAUUGGUAGGAACCCCGUACUACAUGUCUCCAGAGCUCUGCCAGGGAGUAAAAUACAACUUCAAAUCUGAUAUCUGGGCAGUUGGUUGUGUUGCCUUUGAGCUCCUCACACUGAAAAGAACUUUUGAUGCAACAAAUCCCUUGAACCUCUGUUUGAAGAUUGUGCAAGGGAACCGAGCAAUGGAGGUAGAUUCCAGUGUUUAUUCUCUGGACCUCAUCCACAUGGUCCACUCCUGCCUUGAUCAGGAUCCUGAGAAGAGGCCGACUGCUGAUGAGCUGCUUGAGACUCCCCUUAUCAGCAAGCACAGGAGGGAGAUGGAAGAGAAAGUUGUGCUGCUUAAUGGCCCAAACAAACGACCAAGAACAAGCACCAUGAACGAGGCUCCUAUUGCUGUGGUGACAUCACGCACGAGUGAAGUAUAUGUCUGGGGGGGUGGGAAGUCAUCCCCUCAGAAGCUGGAUGCCAUUAAAAGUGGCUGCAGUGCACGACAGGUCUGUGCAGGAAACACCCAUUUUGCAGUGGUUACAGUGGAAAAGGAGCUCUAUACUUGGGUGGUAAGUGAAGUGUAUGAAAAGUACAUUGGAAACUUGGAUAAUGUAUGAAGGCAGUGCAGAAUGGAUCUUGCAUGAGUCAUAUUUAAGGUGUCACAUCACUGCUGAUUGUCAGUAUAGUUGGAUAUUCCUAGUUAAUAAGUUGCAAAAAGUUGUAAGAGGUGUUACUCCCCAUU